AUGCCGUCCCUCCGCAGGUCAAACACCUCCACCGCUGUUGCGCGCGCUGGCGCAGCGCCGUACGCGACGGCAGCGGCGCUCUCGUGGUCGAGCUCUUCGUCGAGCUCGACCCGGACCGCCACACAACACCGCAGGGUCUCGGACCCCACACAAACAAAGUCUCGCCGCGUGCUGGCCGACAUCGACUGGUGGCUCGUGCACGAUGGCCAGGUCGACGCCGACACUGCCCUCAGCGAAGACGAGGGCCUGGACGAGAAUCUGGAGGCCGCGAACGAGGCUGCGCGGCCGCCCAUGGCUGUGGCGUCGCUGCCUCGUGCAGCGUCCCUCGAGCCAGAAUGGUUGCGGCGCGUCCGCGAUGGCGACAGCGACGGCGCUACGCAUCCGCGCCUGCCGUGGCUUCAAGUUCGCACUCCCCUCCGCCGCGUCGCAUCAGACAGCUACAGCGUCCGCAGCGCCAGCUCGUCUUCAUCCCUCGAAUCGUCCCCCGAACCGAUGACGCCCAUCCUCACACCAAGAGAUUCGCUUUCCUUCUUCGACCACAUGCCGUGCCCCGCAAGCCCGCCUUCGAAGAAGCGCGAGAGUACACUAUCUCUCGUGGGCUCUACGGCGGUCGCAGAAGGGGACGAUCUCUUCAAUGGCAUAUUGAAGCUCGAUCGUCUCGAGACUGCCUGCGCUGCCAUCUUCUAA